AUCGAUUCCUACAAACUUUAACACCAAAUACAUCACCCUUAAAGAUUUAAAGGCGUGUAUAACAUUGUAGCAUGGCAUCAAUAUGUGAACAAGUUGAGCAAGGCAAAACAUCAUGGCCAGAGCUCGUUGGGGAGACGGGAGAAUGUGCAGCGACGACCAUAAAGAAUGAAAACCCGUUGGUUAACACACGAAUCAUCUUAGAAGGAACCGUUAUCCCUCUCAUUUAUAUCUGCGAUAGGGUUCUUAUAUGGGUCAAUGAUAAGGGAAUUACCAUACAAACCCCUACGAUUGGGUGAUAUAUUGCAAAUUACUGAAGUUUGCAUGUUUAUUAUGUUCGCUAAUUAAUAUAAAACUAAAUAAAAAUGAAUGUUGUUGGAGUAUCUGUGUUUGACGAUUGUGUCAUACUUUUAUAGAAUAAAGUUAUUGUAUAACAUGUAUUUAAACAAUAUAUAUAGUUUUCUUUUUAGUCUCUAAA